AUGACCUCUCAACCGACCUCGAGCAGCUUCAAAGCAUGGCUACACGCAGGGCUCUUGCAUAUUGUCUUUUUCAACACAUGGGGCGUGGCGAAUGGCUACGGAAUCUUUCAGCAAUACUACUCCCAAACACUUACUGAAUCCGCGUCGUCCAUCUCGUGGAUAGGCGGUCUUCAGAUCUUUCUACUCUUCUCCGUCGGAGUCAUUACAGGCCGUUUGACCGAUGCAGGCUACUUUCGUCCCAUCUUUGCCUUUGGCGUGUUUCUACAGGUACUGGCCCUGUUCAUGACCUCGCUUUGUACCACGUACUGGCAGAUCUUCCUGGCGCAGUCUGUCUGUCUGGGUCUGGGAAACGGUUGCACAUUUUGUCCGGCUCUGGCUAUUCUCUCUCAAUAUUUCAAAAAGUAUCGAGCCUUUGCUGUCGGUCUUGCUGCCGCUGGCGCGGCAGUUGGCGGCCUCGUCUACCCUGUCCUAAUCAACUGGCUCAUCUUUUACGACAAUGUCGGAUUCCCCUGGACUCUGCGAACCAUGGGAUUUGUCAUGCUCGCAACAUAUAUACCUUGCUUGAUCUGGUUCGAGCCUCGACUACCGCCUCGCAGAAGCGGACCAUGGAUCGACAAGUCGGCUUUCACUGAGCUGCCCUUUAUCCUCUUUUCCAUGAGCAUGUUUUUCAACUUUUGGGGGCUUUACUUUGCAUUCUUCUACCUUGGGACGUAUGCCCGCGAUCAAGUUGGCAUCUCGGAGCCUAUCUACCUGCUAAUGAUCCUUAACGGCGUUGGUAUCUUUGGGCGUAUCGCGCCUAGUCUGAUUGCUGAUAAGUGGACUGGAAUGCUCAACGCACUCAUUCCGUUGAGCUUCUGCUCGAGUUUACUAGUGUACUGCUGGGCCGCAGUAAAAUCCACCGGCGGACUGUACGUAUUUGCAGUCAUUUACGGCUUCGCCGCCGCGGCUCUACAAGCCCUCUUUCCAGCUGUGGCCACAACCAUGACGCCGGAUCCGAGCAGAACAGGUACGCGAGUGGGAAUGAUUCUUGGCAUUGUUAGUUUUGCGAAUCUAACUGGUCCGGCUAUUUGUGGUGCAAUCAUCAAUAAGUCGAAUGGGAGGUAUUUGGAGGCUGAGAUGUUUGCCGCAUCUUCCAUUCUAGUAGGCGCUUUUAUGGCGUUGGCGGCGAGGAUUGCGAAGACUGGCUUCGUGUUAAAAGUAAAAGUCUGA